AAUAAUAUCUCCACCACUUUUCAAGAUGAAGCAGCGCUUCUCUUCCCUCGACGUCAAGGUCAUAUCCCACGAGCUCUCCACCUCCCUCCUCUCCCUCCGCCUUUCCCAAAUCUACGACCUCUCGUCAAAGAUCUUCCUCCUGAAAUUCGCCUCCCCGACCUCGAAACACCAAGUUCUCCUAGACUCCGGCUUCCGCUGCCACCUCACGCAGUUCUCCCGCGCUACAGCCGCCGCGCCGUCUGUGUUCGUCUCGCGGCUACGGAAAUAUUUGAAAACAAGGAGAGUCACGAAGGUUGCGCCAGUGGGUACGGAUCGAAUAAUCGAGUUCCAGUUUAGUGAAGGGCAGUAUAGGUUGUACUUGGAGUUUUAUGCUGGUGGCAAUGUAAUACUUACAGAUGCCGAGAUGGGCAUUUUGGCGUUGCUGAGGCCUGUGCCGGAGGGAGAAGGGCAGGAGGAAUUAAGAGUGGGAUUGAAGUACUCGUUGGAUAAUCGGCAGAAUUUUGGGGGUGUACCGCCUUUGACGGAGGAGCGUUUACGAGAUGCCCUACAGAAGUCGGUGGACAGAGGGGAUGAUGAUCUGGUUGCUGGGAAGAAGUCCAAGAAGAAGGAGUCGGAUGCGCUGAGAAGAGCACUGGCUGUUUCAAUCACGGAGUUCCCUCCAAUGUUGGUGGAUCACGCCAUGAGAGUUACAGAGUUCGAUUCAUCCCUCAAACCGGCAGAUGUACUACAGAGUCAAGAACGAUUAGACCACUUAAUGCGAUCAUUGCAAGAAGCACAGAGAGUCAUCCAGGAGAUCACAAGUUCGGAGACCGCCAAAGGAUACAUCAUCGCGAGAAAGAAGGAUGGGUACGAGGAUGCGGCUCCAGCAGACGUGGCGAGGAAGUUUCUGAUAUAUGAGGAUUUCCACCCUUUCCGGCCAAAGCAGUUUGAGAACGAUCCAGCGACGGUAUUCUUAGAGUUUGAGGGAUUCAACAAGACCGUGGACGAGUUUUUCUCUUCCAUUGAGGGGCAGAAGUUGGAAUCUCGCCUGCAGGAACGAGAACAAACCGCAAAACGCAAGAUUGAAGCUGCAAGACAGGACCAAGCCAAACGACUGGGUGGAUUGCAGGAGGUUCAAGAGCUGAAUAUACGGAAAGCUGGUGCGCUUCAAGCAAAUCCUGAAAGGGUGCAAGAAGCUAUGGAUGCAAUCAACGGUCUCAUUGCGCAGGGAAUGGAUUGGGUGGAGAUCGGAAACCUCGUUGGAAUAGAGCAGAAGAGAAACAAUCCUGUUGCUUCAAUCAUCAAGCUGCCCCUGAAACUUCAGGAAAAUACCAUUACCUUGUUGCUAGAUGAAGAGGAGUUCGCUGAAGAUGACGAGUCAGCCUACGAAACCGGAAGUGAUGUAUCUGAUAGCGAAGACGAAGCUCCAAAGAAGGACCCCAAGCAGAAAGCUGUGGAAAAGAGGCUGACAAUUGACAUCAACCUUGCUUUAUCUCCGUGGGCAAAUGCCAGAGAAUAUUACGACCAGAAACGAUCCGCAGCAGAGAAGGAACAGAAGACAUUGCAAUCAUCAACAAAAGCAUUGAAGAGUCAGGAAGCGAAGAUUGCGCGUGAUCUUAAGACCGGACUGAAGCAAGAAAAGGCUGUUUUGCGACCUGUUCGGAGGCAGAUGUGGUUCGAGAAGUUCACUUGGUUUCUCUCUUCUGACGGAUAUCUAGUCCUUGCGGGAAAGGAUGCUCAGCAAAAUGAGAUUCUGUACAGAAAAUAUCUGAAGAAAGGCGAUGUUUACGUCCACGCCGAAGUACAAGGAGCUGCAUCCGUUGUUAUCCGCAACAAUCCCAAGACACCUGAUGCUCCAAUUCCACCAUCUACAUUAUCACAAGCAGGAACAUUAUCAAUUUCAUGCUCGUCCGCCUGGGAUGCGAAAGCUGGCAUGUCAGCAUGGUGGGUGGAUGCCAUUCACGUUUCCAAAUCAACACCAACAGGAGAUUUUCUGCCAACGGGCAACUUCAUGAUAAGUGGAAAGAAGAAUUUCUUGCCUCCAGCAGCAUUACUGCUUGGGUUUGGCGUUUUGUUUCAGAUCAGCGAGGACAGUAAGGCAAGACAUAAUAAACACAGAAUACAAGACGACACACCUAGUACAACAGGCUAUGCCGAGUCAACAGUCAUAGAGUCUGUCCCAGAGCUUGACGACGAUCAAAACAGUAUACGUGAUGACUACCCGGAAUCUGAGGCGGAAGAAGAUCAGCACACUUCAAACCCACUGCAAACACAACAGCGAGUAGAGCCCGUCAUCUCCGAUGGUGACGAGGACGAAGUAGUAGCUGAGGUUGCGGAACUGCAGAUUGAAGAUUCAAAAGAGCCACAAGUGGAUUUUGAAGACGAAUCCGACGACGAGAUUUCUGCGCAUACACCAGCAACAGGGGCUCAAACUCCUAGCACCACAGCACCGAAAGGACCGGCCCCACCAAAACGUGGGAAGCGGGGAAAGGCCAAGAAGAUAGCCACGAAAUAUAAAGACCAAGAUGAAGAGGAUCGGAUCUUCGCCCAAAAGCUCAUUGGUGCCUCUGCUGGCGUAGAGAAAGCCGCCGCUGAGGCGGAAGCGAAGGCAAAGCGAGAAGCAGAAUUGGCAUUUCAAAAGGAGAGAAGAAAAGCGCAGCAUCAGCGAACGCAAAAGGAGAUGGCAGAGCAUGAAGCAGCGCGCAAAGCUAUGCUUGAGGAUGGGUAUAAUGCCGAUGACGCUGAAGAGGAGAAGAUGACGAGCCUGGAUGCAUUGGUGGGUAGGCCACUGAGAGGUGAUGAGGUUCUUGAGGCUAUCCCUGUAUGUGCACCUUGGGCAGCAAUGGGCAACUACAAAUACAAGGUGAAGCUGCAACCAGGCACUCAGAAGAAAGGAAAGGCAAUAAGAGAAAUCAUGACUCGCUGGGUUGGCGAUAUGACUGUCAAGGGGAAAUUGGAUGAGACGAGUUCGGAUCCUGAAAGAAUGUGGCCUCGGGAGGUAGAGCUAUUAAAAGGUUGGAAAGUAGAGGAGGUUACCAACACUGUAUUUGUCGGAAAAGUGAGGGUAAUGAUGGCGGGUGGAGCCGCUGCAGCCGCCAGCAAGGGUGGGAAGACAAAGGGGAAAAGUGGCGGUGGCAAGGGAGGGAACAAAGGCGUACCUGGAGACCAGUCUUGGAGAAUGUAGUCCACAAGAACGAGUGUGGGUUACCCAAGAAUGGCAGAGCAUUGAGAAGCUUAACAAGUACUGAUCCAAAGCGAAUACUUGAAAGAUAAAAGGUCAACCAGCGGAGCUAAUUCGGCAAGGAAGCGAGAAUAACAACAAAACAGACCAUGGAGGCAUUGAAUAAAACCGAAGGAAACCGGCAAGGACAACUGAUGUCGAAAGAUGCGUACCUAGACAGGGGCCUGUGAACUUCACGUUAAUGCCAGAGUACAACACUUGGAGUAUAUCUGUGCGCGAUGGAGAUGAUCUAAAAUGCCACCAAGUCUAGGGCGAUGUCGUGAGACAGGGCUUGGUCCGCGAGGCAACACGAAGAUGGAGAUGCUCACCAACAAGUUACCCAUGUGCCGUCCCAUGGCUUCGAGCUUGAAAUAGCGGCCAUCAUGACAGAGUAACCAAGUCAGUCAGUUGCGUCGCCGCUUCAUCCUCUGCUACCACCAAUUGCCAACAAAAAAGAAGUAAAAUUUCCGACGAGUCUGCUCUCAAACAAAAUCGCAGCAAGAAACUCUCAGCAGCACCAUAUCUCGAGGAACAUCGCACAUCCAUCGUCGCAGUAUGGUCUACACUGACAGCUGUCUGGGCAUGCUUUGAAGAGAGGAGCUUCAGGGACGUGGGGCUCCUUCAUCAGCGGGCGGAGGUGGAGACCUCAACUCUCAAAGGUGGAUAGGCGCCAUAGGGUGCAGGAGGUAGAAGAGACGAUGCAAGGCUGGUGUGGCUGCUGAGAGGGGAAAUUGUUUGAGAAUUGAAGGGGGCAGAAGAGUUCAGAUGUUCGAGGAGGUGGAGGAUGAGGAGCAGGAGGAGGUCGAUGGGAGGUUGAUGACGACGAUUGAGCGGGAGGAGGAAGAAUAGGGGAGAUAUGAGAAGAAACGGGGUAGAAGAUUAUAUGGCUGUUGAGGAAGUUGCGAUUGGUCAUGAGGCAGUCGCGGAACGAUGUUGCGGAAGGCACGGUGAGAAAAUCUGGACGCUUGACCAGAAUUCAUGGAAACGGGAAGGUGCAAGGUGGGCAGUUUGGGGAGCAACACACCCUCUUGAUUUCCAAAUGUCAGGUUUCAUAUGUAUGUUACUUGAUAGUCUACGAGUGAAAUAUAACUCCAG